GCUGAAGGCCGGGGUCAUGCAGGAGCAACAUAUUGCUACCUUCAUUCGAGCGACGUUAAGCGGGCUUCUGUAUCUGCAUUCGAAUAAUAAGAUCCAUAGAGAUAUCAAAUCAUCCAAUAUCCUAGUAGGUGCGGAUGGCAAUGUGAAGCUGGCUGAUUUCGGUGUCAGUGCUCGCAUUGGUGACACCAUGUCAAAGCGGAACACGUUCGUCGGCACGCCAUACUGGAUGGCGCCUGAGGUUAUCCGUCAGUCUGGAUAUAACUGCUCGGCAGACAUAUGGUCGCUGGGUAUCACAGCCAUGGAACUGGCGGAGGGUCAUCCACCCAGAUCUAAUAUUCAUCCCAUGAAAGUGCUGUUCCAAAUUCCCCGAGAUCCCCCUCCUGAACUGGAUGAGACUAAAUGCAAAUACUCGCGCGACUUCAAAGACUUUAUAAACCAGUGUUUAAAGAAAGACCCUGAAGAGAGACCGUCCGCUAAAGACCUACUUAGACAUAGAUUCAUCAAGAAUGCAGCACGUACGAAUAUACUCAUAGAGCUGGUAGAACGGUUCCAUUUCUACGAGGCUAAUAAUCAGAACUCGGACGAGGAGGAUAAUGUAAGCCAAGACUCUCAUCACGACAGAGGGAACGACGCUACGGUCACCAGUUGGUCUUAUGACACAGUACAAGCUACAAUUAAACAACGUCCUACUAUAGAGCCGGUUGUGGACGAUGAAGCAGAAUUCGAAUGGGAUGAUGCCACAAUUAAAAAGGGUUCUAUGGUGGUAAAUCAUGAUAAACGAAGUCCGCUAAUGGGGGUGCAAGUUGCGAGAGACAUGAUGGCCAUGGAAAGUGUCGAUUCCCUUCAAAUGCUCCAGCCCAUUUUAUCGAAAAUGAUAGCGAAAGAAUCAGAUGCCGCUAUUAGGCUGACACUCGCCGAGUUAAUGCACGGAUUCGAGAAACUUGACAGACAGAGUCCCAGAGCGCUUGGGGAGAUAGUAGACACAAUUCGCCGACCACCACAGCCAUCGACGCCAACGACACAGACGACAAAGGACGCUCACGGCUCAAAUUCUGUUUCACAAUUUUUACUUUCAAGGUGGCGGAAAACAUCAGCCACGCCUUAUGGUGAUGAAUGAGCUGAGCACAUUCCCACCCGUAUCGUAUUUAACUCCAAUAGUACUUCUGCGCAUAGUUUCAAGGAAUAAAAUGGAGAAUUGAUUUCUAUACUCUAAGCCACGUCGAAAUAGGUACGCCACUAUUGCUGAUAUGGCUAUCAGAUAUAAAUCAUACCAC